CAAGCUACCAGCCAUGUUGUUAAGACAUUAAAAAAAUGGUUGGCUGAAAUCUGCAGAUCAAUUAGAUACUUAAAUCCUCAAGCUAGAGGUCCAAAUUGGAACCUCUCGUUUGUAACCAUUUUCUUUUAAUAAUUCUUGAUCGUGAUUCUCUAGGUUACAAAUAUGCACAGUUAACUGUCCUGUCAGUAAUGGAUGAAAACCCCGAAAGCAGAGGAACAGAGGACAGAGCUGGUCACGCGUGGAUGGUUGAGUUGAAUCACGUCGCAAAAAGCUCAUGUAGAGACAUUAAAACCACUGUUGACGACGCACUGGUGUGCAGCACUGGGCAGAAGACGUGAUCAUUUGACUCGUAUCCGUGAACUACUCCUGCAAAGUUAGGAUGUUCUUCCAGGGAAUUCAUACAUAUGAAAACCUAUGCACCACUGGGAUACUGUAGAAAAACCUGCCGCUGUUUGUAAAGGAGCCUGAUGCCUGUCAUAUGGAGCUGGUUUACCCUCAACUUGAUCUUUCUGCUGUACAGUAGAGGAGCAAGUGAGAAGCUGUGUGCUAUAUUUGCCACCAAUGGUACACUUGGCAAACUGGGCUCAAGCAUUGAAGUGUACUGCACCUUUAAGAAAUUUGUUACAGGAAGAUGCAGGAAAGCCAUCUUUAGAGAUACAAACCAGGAAUAUAAUUUCAUUGAAUACAAUUCCACAACUCUGUUAUUGAAGACAGAGCUGAGGAAACACAGAACAGUGUUUGUUUGUAAGUGUGCACCAGAUGAACCUCUCUAUGAACCAUGUGGAUUAGACAUCCUUGCUGGACUUUCACCUGAUGUUCCCCAGAACCUAAUAUGUAUUCAGAAUGGAAAUUAUGGAGACAUAACAUGCAGGUGGAAAAAGGGAAGUAACACACACAUUGAAACUACAUAUGAGCUUUGGGUGAAAACCGAAUCUUAUAAUGGUACAAAGCAUUUAGCCUCUCAUUCUGGCUCUGAAUAUGUGAUUUUUCCAGUGCUUCAUUCAGAAGUGAAAUACUCAGUCUGGGUUACAGCAUCAAAUAAGUUGGGAACUGCCUCUUCCCCAUCAUUGAAAUUCACCCUCAAUGAUAUAGUCAAAUUUCACCCUCCGCACGUCACCGUGGUAAAUUGCUCAUCGCAGAAUUGCACGUUACAUUGGAGGGAUAUAGAGAAGGCUCAGCUCUUGGAGGUCCGAUACCAGAUUGUUGGAGAGAGCUCUUGGAUAUACCAAACUUUCAAAGCCACUGCAAACAAUACAUUGAGCUGUGGUGGUCUUCAGCCCUUCACAACUUACACAUUCCAGGCUCGGUGUAAACUGAGCUGUACUGAAGGUAUAUGGAGCGAGUGGAAUGAUGCAGUUAAUACGACAACAGGGGAAGCAGAUCCUCUCCAAAAGCUGGAUGUUUGGCAUAUUGUGGAAUCUUCAGAAUCCAAAAACAAGUUUGUUAGUGUAGUUUGGAAGAAACUAACCAGGUAUGAGGCGAGAGGGGUGGUACUUGGCUACGAAGUUCUUGUUGAGGAUCAAGUGGAGAAGAAGCUGUCUGAGGUUUACAUUACCAACAGCAGUUACAGCAAGCCUGUGUUCUGCUCCCACUGUACCGUUACCGUGUCUGCUUUAAACUCCAAAGGAAGCUCACCUCCUGCCACCAUCAGCAUUCCAAUAUUGUCAGAUUUGUCAUCUUUUCCCUCCCCAAGAAAUGUGACUUGUCUACCACAUAGCAACCACAGCAUUAUGAUAUCAUGGGAGCCCCCCCUGGACUCCCCUGUGCCUUUACAUAGCUACAUUGUGGAGUGGUCCCAGGCAUACAAGGACACUAAACUCAGCCUCACCUGGAAGAGGCUCAGUCAUCACCAGCUUUCAACUGUCAUAUCAGAAAAUGUUCAGCCUUGUGUGUGCUAUAAAGGUGCUGUCUAUGCUCUGUAUGACCAGGGGCUUGGAAAGGCAGGUUUUGUCAAUGCAUACUCCUGGCAAUCAGUUCCAUCUCAGGGUCCAAAGCUAAACGUCAGACAGUGGGACAACAAGAGCUUAACUGUGUAUUGGAAAGAAGUUUCUGAGCAGGACAAAAGAGGAUGCCUUAAAAGCUACAAUCUUUACCUAGAAAAUAUCCAAGGACAUCUACAGAAGUAUGGUCCGAUAGAUCCCACUCACAGAAGUUAUACCAUCAGUGACUUGCAGCCUGCUGCUUCCUAUUAUCUAUGGAUGACAGCUUCCACAGACACAGGUGAAGGACGGAAAGGGGAAAAAUAUACUUUUACUACUUAUCCUGAACGAGAAGACGACCAGCUUUUGGUGAUAUGGCCAACAACAGUUUUAGUUUCUUUCCUAGUGUGGCUUUUUUUGGUGUUUUUGUGUCGGGUCUCGGUACAACGAAGGCCUUCUCCCUGUUGUUUCUGCAUCAUACCUGGUAAUGUUCCUGAUCCUGCCAACAGUAAAUGGGCCAAAGAGUAUGCUGCAGUCAAGGGGCAUAUGAAGCUAGUUUAUGAGCUGUAUAAUAAUUCAACAUCCAGCAAUGAAGAACCAAACACCAUAGAAAUAGAGGAAAUACCUGAGGACUCAUUAAAUGUAUCCAGAACUGUUUCAGAAAGGAACAUCUUACCUUCAGGAGAGCCUAAGGAACAGCAAUCUCAAGAGCGUGACAGUGGUCAAACUUCCUGUCCUCCAUGCCAGUCACAGGGUCUAGGAACAUACAAAGGCCAAUUCACAUGCCCAUACAUUAAGAGCUUGUCACAAGAAUCUGAGUUUUCCACAAAGACACAAAUAUCUUGCAGCACAGACACAACUGGAGAUUAUAUACCUUCUAAUGUCUUGCUGAGUGGAACUAGUGAGGAAGACUCCAAUGACUUCAUGGAAGAUGAAUUAAUGGAAUUUUCCUCCUGUCACAACAGUCCAUUUUUGGAACCUAUGAUUACAUUUGGGGGGAAGCUCACUUUAGAUGCUGUUAAAAUUGACUGCAGUUCUUUCAUGGAUUGAAGUGUGUUCUGUGUACCCUUUACUUAACCAGUUUUUAUUAUUUUCACACUAGGAUAACCACUAAUCAAGAAAUGAAGCUAUUUAAAAAAAUGUAAAUAAGAGACUGCACAUUUCAUCUUUGCAUGAAAGCAAUUUCAUGCAGUUUAUGGUUGUUCAUACAUUUCUAAGACUUGGGACCUAAAAACUCCUGGAUGAAAUAGGUUUUGAGCUUUUAUUACAGUGCAUUGGAAAAGGAAAGGUAUGACAAUCUAUCACGUGCAAUCAUAAUAAUUACUCCAAGAGACUGAUAGCCACAGGAAUGGAUUUGAAGACAUCUGUGAUCUUGCACAAAAUAUUGAAUUUCUUCAGGACAAUAACUGCCAAUAAGGGUGGGACACUGAUCGCACAAGGAUGAUAAAUACAUGAGGAUUGUUUAAAUUAAUUAUGGCACAUUCUGUACAAAUUUGGGAAUAUAUAAGACCAAUAAAAUGCCUCUUAAAUGAA